CAGAUGUGUGCCCCUCAGCAGAAGUAACGGGUCGGCGUUAGGACCCUUCUGUGGCGGACCCUCCUACAGGCAUGUGAUCGUGUGUCAUCAAGCUAGUUUCUCGCUAAGCCCCGCCGCUGUCGGGAAACUUAAGUAGGAACACAGGAUACAACACAAACGGUCGCAGUUUUUACCACUUUCAGAAGGCUACCCUACACAGUAUAACCAUGGACUGUGGAAUAAUCACUUCGAAAUCCGUGCUUUUGCUUCUAAGUUUGAUAUUUUGGGCAGCAGGGGGCGCCCUCGCCUACGUGGGCUCCUACGUGAUCAGGAGCUACAACAACUUUGACCACUUCCUGGAGGACCGCUUCACCCUCAUCCCCGCCAUCAUCAUCAUCGGCGUGGGCGUGGUCAUGUUUGCCAUCGGCCUGGUGGGGUGCUGCGCCACCCUCAGAGAGUCCAAAGUCGGCCUGGGCUUCUUCUUCCUGGUCAUCCUGGUGGUGUUUGCAGCAGAGGUGGCAGCUAUGGCUCUGGGCUUCCUCUACCAGAGCAGGAUCAAGGGAGACCUGGAGCUCUCGAUGAACAACGUGUUCAUGAAGUACGACGGGAACAACUCUGAUACCAGAGCUGUGGAUUACCUGCAGAACCAGUUGCAGUGCUGUGGGGUGCAGACAUACACCAACUGGACUUCAACUCCCUGGUUCAUGGGCCACAACAACUCAGUUCCUGUUUCCUGCUGCAAAGCCAACUCAACAGAAUGCACUGGCAGGCUGGAUCAGCCCACGCUUCUCAAUACUCAGGGCUGCGAGACCAAGCUGGUGCUGCUGAUGCAGGAUGUGUUGAGCUACGCCAUGCUGAGUCUAACCUGUGUCUCUGUUCUGUUCCAGUUCUUCGGGAUGCUCAGCGUGUGUGUCAUCAACUGCAAGUCUGGAAGGAGGAGUGGCUACCAGCCCCUCUACGCCUGAUCUCACCCUCACCCCUGUCCCCCUCACCCCCGCUCCUGACUUCGGACGCCAAAGUUAAAAUGUUGAAGGAAGCUCCAGAGGUCUAUCUCCAUGCUCCAGACCUUCUCCUCCUUCUCCUCUUCGACCUCCUCCCCCUUCUCCUCCUCCCCCUCCUCCUUCUCCUCUUCGACUUCCUCCUUCUCCUCUUCGACUUCCUCCUCCUCCCCCUCCUUCUCCUCCUCCCCCUUCUCUCCUCCUUCUCAAUCUAUCCUUCCCAUCCUCUUUCCUCCUUUCAUUUCCUAAAGCAACUGACACGCAGUACAACAUUUGAAGCAUUCAGAUAUGCUUUUAUACAUUUAAACACAGUGCAGUUUUACACACGUCUACACAUGCCUUCACCCUCCACCUCCACCCUCACCUCCAUCACCCUCCACCUCCCCCACCCUCUCCUUCACCCCAAACCAGCCUACAUAGUCAUGGAUGGUUGGUCUUUGAGGUUUGAACAUGUGAUACCUGCCAGAACAGGGUUAAAUGAGUGACUUGAUCCCCCGGGAUGAUUUUAAGGUAGCUACUGCCAUAACUGACUUCAUUGUCUGGAUACCUUUCGAGGCCAUUUUAACAGAAGAUAGAUUUGUAGAAGUGAUGUGGUUGCUAACAUCCAGGUUUGAGAAACCACUACACUGACUUUUAUAUGAAAUGCUUUGCUUUUGGGUUUCAAAAAUUAACGGUUCUGGGAUUGUUUUUCAUAUUUAGUGUUAUGAGUUGAAUAUUCAGGAUGUACAGGAUGAGUUGCAUGUUUUAGACUUACAGGAAACAGUGAAAUGUGAAACGUGCAGUUAGACACCCGUGAUGGUGUGGUGAUUCAGUACCAUCACUUGAGACACGACCACAGAUUUAUAAGAAUUUAGAUUGAUCGAUUCACGCCUUUUAUUUGUAAACGUUGCUUAGAAAGGCCUGUGUUCAUAGGGUGUGUUCAGUGUUUGUUUUGCCAGUUAAACAUUUGCUCUGAAAGAAUUGGAAUUUAAUCCCAGUAGCGAAUACCCUGCACUGUAGUUUGACUUCGAUGUGUAUAUUUUAUUUCUCAUGUAAUAAAAACUAACAAAACAAUCAUUUACAA